GCCACGAACAUCCUGCUCACGAACGACGAUGGCUGGGCCGUCGCGAUGAUCCGUGCGCAGAACGACGCGCUCAAGGAGGCUGGAUAUAAUGUCGUCCUGUCUUGCCCUGCAGAGAACAAGUCCGGCACGGGAUCAUCCACGGCGACGCCGACGACGCUCACCGAGCCGUGCGAGUACGAUACUUGCCCGACAGGCUCGCCGCCCGAGGGGUUUAACGCCAGCGAUCCCACACUGAACUAUGUCAACGCUUACCCGGCAGAUUCAGCGAAGUAUGGAAUUCAGACCCUCGGCCCCAAGUUCUUCGGGGGCAAGCCGGACUUCGUCGUGAGCGGACCUAACGUCGGAAACAAUCUAGGCAAUACCGUCCAAAUCUCAGGGACAGUCGGCGCAGCGUGCGAAGCCGCGCUCGAAGGCGUCCCCUCCGUCUCCUUCUCCGGCUCGGGCUCCGACCUCGCCCAAUGCGCGGCCGCUGCGGACUACCAGUUCGUCUUGACGAGGAUCCUGGCGGAUGCGAGCGCGACGGAUGUGGAGACGUGCGGGACGGACCAUCUCCCGGCGGAGGGGGACGUGGUGGGCAAUGGGUGCUAUGUUAGUGUCAGCGUGUAUAAUGCGAGUACGAAGGCAGAUGUGGAUGCGGCGACGCAGGGGGUUGUGCUGAACCGAUUCGGGGAUUUCUUGACUUGUUAUGAUUCGUAG